AUGUCGGUUAUUACGCCAGGAUGGAUAUGUGAAGGAUAUGUGAAAAGAGAUGGUACUGUUACAUUGGAAGAGCAAGUGUGCAUAUUUUUGCACAUAAUUGCUCAUCAUACAAAAAACCGUACAAUUAUCAGUCGAUUCUAUAGAUCAGGGGAGACAAUUAGUAGAUAUUUCAAUUCAGUAUUGAAUGGGGUGUUGCGCUUACAUUCCAUUUUGUUGAGGCAUCCUGAACCUGUGUCGGAUAAUUGCUCGGAUGAUAGAUGGAAAAUGUUUAAGAAUUGUUUGGGAGCAUUAGAUGGAACUUAUAUUAAGGUGAAAGUACCUGAAAUCGAUAAGCCAAGAUAUCGAAUAAGAAAGGGUGAGAUAGCAACAAAUGUCUUAGGUGUAUGUAACCCGAAUAUGGAAUUUAUAUUUGUAUUACCGGGUUGGGAAGGCUCCGCUUCAGAUUCCAGAGUACUUCGAGAUGCAAUAAGUAGGCCAAAUGGACUAAAAGUACCAACCGGUUGUUAUUACUUAGUGGAUGCUGGUUACACAAAUGGUGAAGGAUUUCUUGCACCAUAUAGGGGAACAAGAUAUCACCUUUCCGAAUGGAGAGAUGGUUGUGCACCCAUAAAUCAUCAAGAGUAUUUCAACAUGAAGCAUGCAUCAGCUAGGAAUAUCAUAGAAAGAUGCUUUGGGGUUCUUAAAAUGCGAUGGGCAAUUUUAAGAAGUCCAUCUUUCUACCCAAUUACAACACAAAUCAAAACCAUUACUGCAUGUUUUCUGAUACAUAAUCUGAUUAGAAGAGAAAUGACACUCGAUACUGGAGAAGUUGAAUAUGAUAGGAUGGAAAAUGUAGACAUUAAUGAAGAGGAGGACAUUAUAGGAUCAAUUGCUUCCUCAGAUCGAUGGACGAAUUGGAGAGAUGAGUUAGCUAAUCAAAUGUUUGGUGAGUGGAGAGGUCAUCAUGAUUACUAGUUGAUGGUUAUGUAAAAAAUUAUGCUCUA